AUGAUGAGAGUGGCUAAGGUUGUGUGUAGACAGCUGGACUUGUCAUCAACAAAACUGAUUGAAUGUUCAACCAAGUCUUUUUCUCCAGAGUCUGUGAGGCUUGUGGAUGGAGCUGGUCUCUGCUCUGGGAGAGUGGAGGUGAAGUCCGAUCAGUCCUGGGCCUCAGUGUGUGAAGCUGACUUUGACCGGCAGGAUGCAGAGGUAGUCUGUGGGGAGCUUGGCUGUGGGGCUCCUGCAGCUCUACAGGGGGGGCUCUAUGGAGAAGGUGAGGGUCAGACCUGGGAUAAAGAGUUCCAGUGUAAAAGCAAGGAGUCCCUUCUCCUGGACUGUGACACCUCAGACAGAGAAAACAACACCUGUCUACCUGGUAAUGCUGUUGGACUCACCUGCUCAGAGCCUGAUGAUGUGAGGCUGGUGGGAGGAGGCAGUCGCUGUGCUGGUGGAGUGGAGCGGUACGACCAGGGAGAGUGGAGGACUGUGCGAGCUGUAGACCUGGACCAGGAGGAUGUAGCUGCAGUAGUGUGUAGACAGCUGGGUUGUGGCUCCACUGUUACAGUACUACCUGGAAACACCACUAGAGGGAGUUUAGUUUCCUGUUCUGGAUCUGAAUAUGAGUGUUCUGGGUCUGAGCCUUCACUGAGGGAGUGUAGGAGAGUGUUUACUGAUCUCUGUUCUGGACUCACAGUGAUCUGCUCAGAUCUCCUGGUCCAGCCUGAUAUCUCCCUGACUGACUCAAUGGGAGGGGUCUCCAGGGGCCACCAGGGGCCCGAGGUGUUCAGGGGCUACAGCUUCACCAUCACCUGCUCCACUCAGCCACAGUACCCAGGAGGCUCCUUCCUCCUCACGUUCACCGGCUCCAACAGAACCCAGACCCAGCCAGCUGUCAAUCACUCUGCUGCCUUCCUCUUCCCUGCUGCAGAUGACUCCCACCAAGGGAACUACAGAUGUGUUUAUGACAAAUAUGUUUUCUCUCAUAACUUCUCCUCUGAGAGUGAGCUCCUCUCCCUCACCGUCACAGCCUCUCCUCUGCCAGCCUUCAUCAUCAGACACGUUGUAGUGCUGCUGAUCCUACUGACAGCCAUCACCACCUUAUACCUGUACUACAAGCCCACCAGGAGGCAGAAGAGAGUGAACAGGGUGAGCAGCAUGGAUCUUUAUGUCAAUGCCAUGGAGAUGGUCUCUCUGAGCUCCAGAGCUGAAGCUGGACCGGGAGAGGAGAGAGCAGCCCAGGGGACGGAGUAGGAGUAGAAUGAAGCUGACCCUACAUGCUGAUCUUAGGUCAGUUUUGUGUUUUAAAUUGAUGGUCAGCAGUGGACUAGUGUUUAAAAUGUGGUGACAAACCUGAAGUGGUUCUAAUUUUAAUAACAAGUUCAGAAUUAGUUUAUCUUUCUAGAACCUUGGAAGAAAUCUAAAAGGAGUGACUGUAACCACCAUUAUUCCUUUUAGUUUGGUUUUUACCACCAGAGAAACAUGGGGUUCUGGGUAACAUGGGGUUCUGGGUAACAUGGGGGUUCUGGGUAACAUGGGGGU